UUUCUGUUUCCAACUUUAUACUGAAACCUAUCGCUCUGGUCUAACGGAAGCUGCAAUACAAGAUAGAAGCGAAAAUGAGGAUUUUGGUGCAUUUAUCGAUAGUAUUAGUGCUAAUAACUGUGAUGUAUCAGUUCGUUCAUUGCGGCGGUAGAAAUUCUCAACAUAGAAAUCGUUUUCUUUCAAAAGUAAAACUGAAGCACUUGAGAAGAAUUCAAAUAAUCAAGUGUUGUGGAGGUUCAAAAUGUUCGUCAUCUUUUAUGCGUAAACCAAAACGACGUACGAGUGAUUUAAAAACGAACACCACCCAACACCUUAAGACAUCCAGCACUCAAGGAAAUUUUCAAACAGCUGUAACCAAAAAUGACAGCAGGGAUUAUGAAAAUAAUUCUAUCACUGAUUCUGAUACAACCCCCUCUGAACCAAACCAAAAUCCCAUUGAAAGAGAAACAUCUUCCUCUGAUCAAGGCAUCACGUCACCUGAGCCAACCAAUUCGGAGCUGACAACCGUCACGAUUUCGCAAAGUGACACUAUGCAGGUCACUUCCACCACCAUCACAACAGCUAAACCAAUAAAUAAUGAAGCUUGCGAACAGUCUCGAUGCGCAACCUUCACUUUCAUCGCAAACCAGGGUGCAUCAUCAGUGAUCACCGCAAACACGAGCAAGCAAAUUAUUAGAAACGGAAUGACGUUUCUGUUUUCGUCAGCAGUAGCGACUCAAGUUGACGCGGCCAAGAACUGCUUUUCGCGCAAUUUGAAUUUAAUUUCUGUGCAGGACGCCCUGAAAAUGAAUCUUGUUCAAAAAUUGCUUCAAGAUGUUGGCACCGAUUCUACCGUCUGGACAAUUGGCUCCAACGAAGGAAACGUGUCGUGCCAAAAUUACAAUUUGAGUUUCGCCUGGUGCAACCAGAAAAGAGAAAUCGUCCUUCCCGUGAUCAUGCAAGAAAUGAACAGUUUGGAAAUAGUUAAAAAAGGACUGACGACGUCCAUGCUUAACGGUGCUGCCGUCUUGCAAACGUCAGAUUCUAAUACUCUGUUUCCGUUUUUGUGUGAGCCAAAAGGUGAUUUUCAAGACUCUUGCCUCCCUCUUAUGUGCAACAAAGACAGCACAUUAUUUGACGCAAAAAAUGGGAAUAUUAAGGAUGGAGAAAAGUACGGGAAUUGGACACGUACCUGCGACAAAUCGUACCUUUUCUCUGGCAAGCUUGGCACUUGGCAGCAGAAUUGGGACUUUUGUUGCAGAUUAGGAAUGCACCCGAUUUGGUUUAGCUCGGCGUCCGAUUUCGAGUGUUUGAGCAACACGACUAAAGUCAACUGGACGCUAAACUAUAAUUAUUGGACGGCGGGACGCGCAAUGGGCACCUGGGGAAGGUGGGCCUGGUGCCCAGGGGCCGUCAACCUUCCCGACUCGCUUUCCUGGGCUCCGGGGCAACCGGACAAUAAUCAGACAAACGAGAAUUGCCUUCAUUUGCAAGUGACGAAAAAUGCGAGCGGAAUACUUUUAUCAGACCGGAACUGCAGCCACAAAUACGUCAUGGCUUGCCAGGGUGACACGAUGAUAGCGUCCUACUGCAACAAGCCAAAUUGUCCGAUGAAGUGUAGUAGAAAUGAAUCGUUUUUCGAAAAGGGAAUAUUAAAAGAUCUGUUUGUUCACGGCCAGUGGAAUGCCGGUUGUGGCAAAGAUUUUCUGUUUUCGGCUGCUGCUUUGGAUUGGUUAGGCGCGUGGAAUUAUUGUUGCUCCGUUGGAAUGAAACUGGCCUCGGUCGAAGCUCUUGAGGAAUUGAGUUGUCUUACGAAUAUGGUUGCGAAAUAUCCUAGAGCAGUGUACCCUGAUCAAUGUGGAAGGGAUUUCUGGACAUCUGGCACCAACCGCGGUUGUCCAGGCUCUCACUUCUGGUGUUCAGAGAAUGAAAAAUUGAACAAGGAAGAACUAGCCAACUGGAAAAACGGGCAAAUGCCCUCGGAGAGUGCUGAUCAGUGCAUUUUUAUUAAUUUGUCAAAUUCGACUUUGAGUGAGACUUAUUUGGGCGCUGAUUCAUGUUCCAAGCAAAAACAGUUUCUCUGUGAAGCCUUGCAACCGGGCAAUAAAUCGGUGCAAAUCGCGCGCUCUUGCUCGGAAACUUGGAAUGUGACAGACGAUGAAGUGAAUGAUAUAAUCAUGAAUCCAAACGGUGACGUCGUCAACCAAAGACGCAAUCUCAAAUGUUAUCUUAGGUGCUGCGGGAAAAAAGGACAUGUUAUAAAAAGCGGGUCACUGGUGACGGAUGAAAUUUUGCGCAACUUAGAGGACUUGACGGCCGACGACUCGCAAGCAAUGCAGGAUGGCUUUCAAAACUUUGAUUCCUGCAUUUCCAUUCAGUCCACUGACGAAUGCAACACGACGGCCCAGGUGUUCGGGUGUGGCAAGAAAAAUGCACCAGACCUGACAGUCGGGCUCGUCACUGCCAUCAAAGGAGACGCCACUGUUUCAGUAACUGCUACAGGGGGAAUUACAACCGGCAAUAGAGUAUGUCCUCUGUAUCCAGCAGCAAGUUGUGUACCAAAUCAAACACAUAUCGAUGAACUUAAAAACACGGGAUCAUCAUUGGGGGGAGGUGUCAUGACAACAUCGAAUGGCAAAAAAUACUUUAUGAAAUAUGUCUUUUAUGAAGGAAUUACCGACGCUCAAGCAGAAGCAAACUACUGCUGUGUUCUUGGCAGCCACCUUGUCAUUUUCGAAAGCUUAGAGGAUUUCAAAGCUUUUAUGCAAAGCUGGCAAGAUGGUACACAACACUGGGCUAUCCUUGGACCAACCUUCGACAACGGUGAUGGCACCGACAGCUGGUGCUUGAACUUUAAGAAGAUGCCAGCAGGAAUGAUCACAGAUAUCAACACAUUUUAUCGAAACCAGCAGUUGAACUCGACUAUAUUCUUCAGGCAAGGCUUAGAAUUAUACUCAGUUCCAAAGGGAAGUGUGUUUCACCGAGUUUUAUGUGGCCCACUUCCCUACUAAUUUAUCUGAAUUAUGCUGAAAUUAUUCCAAUCGUAGAAAACUUUUUCGAUAAUAAUUGGAUUCUAGACAUUUUUCUAUUAUAUGUGUGAUUGAUUUUGUGUUUGGUAUAAUAUAGUGUGUUUUUGCUUGUCAACAAAAUAAUAAAAAAUAGCUGUGUGCCUUUUAUAAUUACAGCUGGUUGUUGUUUGUAUGACACAGAUCAUGUUCCAACAUAAUUUUAAUGAUUUUAUGACGUAUUGUGAACUAUAAUGUUGAGUGUCCUACCAAGAAAUGUUGUAUACUCUAAUUCUAGUUUGAAUAAAUAUUAACAUAGA